UACCCCACACGCCGGUGUCAACGCGAAAAACACAUCUCCGCGCGACGCGAAAACACUGUUCCUUUUUCGAAAUCCGAUUCGAAAUUUGAAAUUACGAAAUUGGAAAAAGUAACGCGGGUACCGUUCGAAAAUCAGUGGAAAAAUAGUGCUGGGAAUACAUUUUCCGGCACAUGCGCGUAGCCUCCUGACCAGACCGUAGACCGCCCGCGAGGCAGCUGCCAGAUGAUCGGCUCAUUUUGGAACCUGUGCCGUGCAUGUCCGUCCAUGCCCGUCGAUAAGCUACACUCGGAGUACCGAAGCACAUACAGAUGGCACCAGUACCGAGAGCAGCAGGGCGUGGUGAAGCAGCCAGCGGCCAGCCCGCCCUCCGCGCUGCCCAUCCCAAGGGGUCCCAUGGAGCCGGCGAUGCCCCGUCGCAAGAAGUACCCGGGCGUGGCCUACCAGACCAACCAGCUAUUCGACCCGGCGCCUGCUGACGACAUCAGGCCACAAACUUCAGCCGAUAGGGCACGGAGUGCUCAGAGGAACGAAGUCGACCGGGCCGGGCGACGUAGCAAGUCCGAAGGGCCCCGACAGCCGCGAUGGACGGACACCGUCGAACCGAAGGGUACGAGCGCAGCACUAGGCGAGCCCAUGGCCCCGAAACCCGAGCUGGUCAGCACGGAGUACCGCAACCAGUUCGCGUGGCCCAAGGAGACGGAUGCACCACGUAAAAGCAUCUCUAUGGGAGCUCUGAAGAAGGCUGCGGUAGCUGAAGGUCACGUGGAAGCGGAGCCGCUCAUGAACCACGCGGACGAGCACGACGGCCGCUACAUCGAGGAUUACCUCUGGAACGGACAGAAGCCUGGCGUGCAAAGAAAAUCGACGUUCCGUAGCGCGCUAUCGGCCCUCAUAUCCAACGGGGAGGAUCGUUCCAAAGAUAAUAUGAAACGUUACAAAAGCGAGUACAAAAAGAAAUUUAGACCGUUCUCUCAGUACGUGUACGAGGCGUCUAAAGGGACGUUUACGAAAUGCAGGGGGAAAGGGAAGGUUGACGAGGCCAGCGAGAGGAUGUUGAAGGAGUCCGAGGGGGCGAAGGGUGGCGCGGGGGCGCGGGUAGCACCGGCGGCUCCCCCUCCCGCCGACGACAGCGCCGCCACGCUGCGCGCCGCCGGCCUGCAGCCGCUCGGCCUGGCGCAGGGCGACUCCUGGUACCGCGAGGUGCUGGACCUGCGCAAGCGCGCCGGCGAGUACAAGUACCGCGGAUGGGGGACCGAGCUGGCUCCGGAACACAUCACACAGCUAUACAAUAAGCAAAUCGAGCUCUGGUACCAGGUGUCCCGCCGGUCCUCCCUAUCGGCCCUAUCACUCGCUUCCACCAAUCACAAGGCGCUACCACGAGACGAGAAAGACGGGAAGGACUCGAAGAACCACUCACCCAAGAAGUACCGGUCCUUCCGUUCAGCGCCGCACCAGUCCAUCCACGCCAAGCUGCAGGAAGCGCGGGCGCAGGAGCGCUCCCCGCACAAGACAUCGCCGCAGAAGCAGAGGAAAAAGCUGCAGGGGCACAGCUUCGAUGAGGGGGCUCAGGACGGGCCAAAGACCGGCGAGCCGCGCGAGUUCCGCUCUCCGCGGCGGCGCCCGCGCUCGGCCGACCCGGCGCCCGCGCACGCGCCCCCCGCGCCCCCGCGCACCCCGCGCCGCGCCACGCCGCCGUCGCCAACGGACACGACGCGCCGCGCCCGCCCAAGUUUGGCGUUGAGUAGAGGGGCUAAUAGUAGGGUUAGGUCGUCGAGGGGCGGACGGUCGCCGUCGGCGCCAUCUAAAGUCGUCAAUGGGGUCACAAUUGGGAUCAAUGGGGUGAAUGGGGCCACAGGAACGCCAGGCCGGGGCCGCCGCAGCCGGAGCGUAUCGAAAGUGGGCAUAAAACUGGACGACGACAUUCCCGCGCACCGCAGCGCGUCCGUCGCAAAGGACCACUUCUUUGACGACUCCCCCGUCGUCAAAUCGCCACCGGAACCCACUCGCGUCAAGUCUCCUGAGCAGAUGAACAUGCGGUCCCCAGACCCGGUCAACUGGACCGUGCCCCUGGACACAGGGAAGACGUUUACCGUCACUCAGAACGUCAAGAGCGAUGAGACCGUAAAGCGCCCUAGCUCAGAGUUUAAGGGUGCGUCGAUGGCAGAAGACGGACCCAAGGCCCAAGAAAUCGCUCCAAUCCACCACCAGCAGAUGUCGCCCAUUCGCUCGCUAAAGAAGAGCGACUCCCCGAAUAGUCUCAGCAAGCGCACCGACAAGACCCCCACCACCCCCGUCAGCCUCACCCCCAUCGACGAGACCAAAGCCCUCGACAUGAACAAACUGAACGGGGUCAACGGAGUCAACGGGGUUAACAGCAAUCAGCUGACCCCAGAAACCCCCGUGCAGGACUUUAAAGAAGUCGUCAAGAAGUCCACUGAAGCGACUCAAGUCGCUCCAGGGGUAGUCGAUACGACUGUAGUGAACGACGGGCCGACGGACGGUCUCACCGCCGCCGAGGUACUCGACAGGGCCCGCACGAGAUUCGACAAGUUCUGGGGAAAGAAAGAGGAAGACAACGUGUAGAUUGGUCAGGAAUUGUUCGAGUUCAAUAUUGAUUGGAUUUGGAGUAUUUUAACGAGAUGUUGGUCGAGUCGUUUUAUUGGGCUGGAUAUGCGACUGUACGCUUCCUUGUGAUUUGUAUGUUACAAGAUAUUCGCGGCAUUGUUGAAUGUCUAUGGUAUGCAAUGCAACUGCAUAGUUUGUGGUUUUGAGCUUGUUUAUAUCUGAUUGGAUUAGAAAUUAAGGUCUUGAAUAUCUGAAAAUAUUGACUGGAUUAUUUUGUAAUGUAAAUCAAAAUCUAAGCUCAAUUUGAACAACGUGCAAUAUUGAACAUUGGACAGGAACGUAGGAGAAAUAAAUGCAGUAUUUAAAAACUGUUAACUUAAGAUAAUGCUUCGCUUUAUAACGACGACUGUAAUACGUAUGUAUUUUAAUAUUUAUUUAAUGUUAUGAUGGAUCACAGUCUAUUUAAUAGGAGUGUGGUGGCUUGUGAUAGUAGCGUUGAAUAUUUAAUAACUUCGUAUUAAGUAUGAUUUGAUUUUAUUAUCUAAAAUAUUGGAUACCUACGUGGUAAGAUGUUUCAGGUAAAGCCACGUCGCACUUUUUCGCAAGGUCCCUAACCAUUUCUCUCAUUCAGUUGAAAUCACUGCCUAUAAAAACAUAAAUAUGUAUAUCUAUAUGUAUUUAAAGUUAUAAGUUCUAUUCACUGAUUCAUUUAGUAACAAUAUACAAGUAAAUCUGUAUUGUUUAU